GUCCCAGAUGAUGUGAGGAGGAUCAUCCUUCCCUGUGUUUGGCCUUUGGCUCUGAGCAGCAACAGAAGAUCUGAGGUUGAUCUGUGGUUUAACGUACGUUUGAGGAACUAUCUGAAGUUCCUCACCAAGGAUCUCAUCAGCUUCAACAAAGUGCAGAACGCCUCAUGUCUCUCCUUCCAGAAACUGGUGUCGUUCAUGGGAACGAACUUCACCUACAGCAGUUCAGACUUUGGACAGCCAGAUGUGUACACCACCAUCAGAAGCUACCUCGGUGCUGAACCUGUGACCAGAUGCUCCAACCUCACAGACCCAGACCUGAACUCCACCUCCUGGUUUGUCAACUACAUUGGCAGCUUUGUGAUAUUUAUCACUCUGGAUGAUUUCAAAAGCUUUGUCAACACCUCCCAGCUGAAUGUGUUCUUGGAGGAUAAGGCUAAUCUGGAGCUCUUUAACAACGCAGCGAUCCCACAAGAUGUAACAGACUACUACAUCUUGCAGCUUUAUGAGUUCUACCCGACCUUUGGACUCUUUAUGCUCCCUGGGUCUUUAAUCUGUUCGCCUGACGUCCCCAGCUCGUCAUUUGCUUCUCUUAAUGAGGCUGAUACGAUGGCCAUCUUGGACAAGCUGAAGAAAUUCUGCAACAGCACAGAGAAUCCUGAGAGAUCUGCGGCUCUGGCAUCCAACAUCAAGGUCAUCACAGCGCAAACAUUUAAAGACCUUGGAAGUGCGUCUUCUGGCCUCACAAACAGCCAGAUCCUGUCUGUGUCUCCUGCGGUUCUGCUUUUGUCUUUGUCCACCCUGAGCUCAGUGAACAGCUGGGGACUGGACCAGGCCAGCAACAUCAUCCACUCCAUCACCUCCUCCUCGGCCUUUCCGGUCAACAGCGCAGCCUCUCUGGAGUUUCUGGGGACUCUGAUCAUUGGACUUCCUUCAAAGUCAAUCAACAGCAUCUCAGCUUCUGAAAUACUCAGCGCCUCCACGAACCCGACGCUUGUUUCCAACAUGCUGGAAGCCCCGAAGGUCGUCCAGGACGCUUUUAUCAGAAAGAUCAUUUCUGUGGACUCCAGUCCAGCCAAAGUGGUGGAGAACGUCCCGGAUGCCUUGGCAGCAGAGAUCCCACCCGUCCUGCUGGUGUUUCCUGAGGGAACUGCCAACAUCACCGCAAUAAACAAGAAGACGUGGACCGCAGAUCAGUCCACCAUGUUUUUUGCGACGCUGUCUGAGCCACAAUUUGACACUGAGCAGCUUUCUCCAUCUGUGCUGCAAGGCUUCACAUGCGGCACAGUUCAGAAAAUGUCUAAAGCCAAAAUCAAGCAGAUGAUCCGUGCCUGCAGGCCGAGGAAAGGCAGAGCCAAGGUGGACCUGAAGGAACCUCAGCUGACCUGCAUGCACAACCUAAUCCGUGACGACCUCUCUCAGAACUUCACUGAUUACCCUUCAGACAUGCUCUCUACUGGAGGGAUCAGUGGCCAAAGCCUGAGCAGAGACAAUGUGGAGGUCCUGGGGAACAUGGUCUGCACUCUGGAUAGAUCCGACAUUGAGAACUCAGAUCCUCUCAUCCUGGAAAAACUCAAAGCCUGCAAAGACCUCUCUGCCAGCCAAGUGGCUGCUAUGGAAACACUGCUGCUGUUGGGAAAACACAAUACGGGCUGA